UCGUCAGUCAGCGACUCAGUGUUGUGCGGGAGUCUGGCCGUGACGGUUGGGUUUGUCGGACUGUGAUCGGACGACAAGUCGUCGUGGAAAAGUCGUCAUGAACACGACGUAGCACGUGUGCCGUGUCUCUCAAACAAGGCAUGGCGCCCGCAUUCAUUCUGUUCUUCAUCUUUUUCUUGUCGCUGGUGACUGUUGUCUUCGUUCCAGGCGCCCUUGGCGUCCAAAUCACCGCCUUGCGGGUACCAGCUUCGGUACGCAACGGCUCUGCAUCUGUGCUGCUGGACUGCGAGUACUCGCUUCGCCCGGACGAGACGCAGGCCGACUCAGGUCUGGUGGUUAAGUGGUUCUUCAACGCCACGCCGGCGCCCGUCUAUCAGUGGAUACGCGGCAACCGGCCGCAGGAGUUGGGUGUUCUUCGAGGAAGACUCAAGCUGGAUCACAAGGCUAGUCGGCACCCUGCUACUAUGCAUAGGGCGCUCUAUAUCCUCAACCCCACCACAGAUCUGUCCGGAGAGUACAAGUGUGUCGUCUCCACAUUCGAUGACGAGGAUUUCAUGAUCAAGACGAUGACAGUUUUUGUUCCAGAGAGGCGACUAGAGGUGAUACAGAGGAAGCCUAGCAUGGACAGUGUCAACGUGACAUGUCUAGCUGAGGGUGUGUCACCUGAGCCACGCCUUUCUUUGUACAUAGAACGGGAUAAGGGUACAAGAGUGCCUGUUCCCGGAGUAAAAGUGGCAACAACGGUGCGAUCGACGACGUUCGACGUUGCUGCGCAUGCGCUCAUAGCAGACGACACGCUCGAGACGCCGACUGUCUUCAGCUGCCAAAUGAAAAUUCCCAACGCCGAUUAUGUGCGAAGAAAAAACGUCGUCUAUUAUCCAGGCCAAAUGCUGCCAAGCUGUUUUUCAAUAGAAUGCUGUGGCUCAAUAAAGACUGUAGACCUCUUCUGGCUAGUUAUCAGUACAUUAUUACUGAUGAUGGUCUCAAAUCACAUAACAAAUGGAACGUGAAUGGUUGAGGAUCCCUACACGAGUAAUCAAGAACAUUUGUUCCUUCAAAAAUAUGACGACACCGACAACUCUCAAAUGUGAAUGAAAUUUCGAAGUGUAUGUUUUGCUCAUUGACAUUUUGAAAAAACAACAAAUUAUUUAUCACAAUGAUUGUACUUGAAGAACAGAUAAGCUCUGUUCAUCCAGUUCUAGAAAUCCAUUCAUCCAGUGAAGCAUACAUUGAUUCUGUGGAGUUUAUUGUAAUAAUGAGAGUUUGUUGACGAGAUAUAUUUUUGAUUUUCAAAGCAGAUUGGGAAAAAUAUUGAGUGGAAUCAAAACUCGUACCACGUAUUUGAAAUGUGAUUGUAUAGGAAUAGUGACAUUGUUCCGUCUCAGAAUUUAUAGAACUUUACCAGUAAUUUUCGAUUAAUUAUAAUCGAACUUGAUUCAUCUGUGUAAUAUUUUGUGAAUUUAAAAUCUUAUCAAGACCUCCAAGUUUUUAUUAGAAAAUGAAAACAUAUUUGAAUAUUUGAUGUAAAUAGAUUGUUGUAAAUAAAUUAUGAUAAAUCCGA